GAAGACAAAGUCAACAGCAAUCAGGAGAAAGUACGAUUGAUAACAUAGAAAGAAAUCAAACAAAGCAUCAUAGAUUAUUUGGCUUUGUUUGCAGAAGAUCAUUAAUAUGAAAUAGAAGGAGAGAGAAAGAAAAUACAAUGUUGCGCAAAUAGGAAGAAUCGACAUCAUACCACACAAAUGAAGUUAUCCUUUAAAAGCUGAAGAAAAUAUGAGAAAACUAAUAUCACCGUUUAUUGAAGUUGCCGGUACGUUUCAUAUUCGUCGAGCUGUAGCGAAACAUGGAAGAUAUAUCUCGUUUUGUAUCUAAGACACUUGACAAUAUCGACUAUAACGCAGAAAUAAUAAAAGAAAGGAGAGAAAGAUGGCAAGAACGUAAUAGGAUUAAUCAGAAAUUACAUGGCACGCACAUUGUUAGUUCUUUCAUUGUCGGCAGCAAAGCGGAGGGCAUAACAUUUCCGUUUGAAAACGAUAUCGAUGAAAUCAGUUUAUCAUCUAAUAUCAUAUGUACUAAUAACGUAGAAGCAUUUUCAACACGUCUGGUACAAUGCUGUUCUAUACCGACGCUACGAAUACGUCUCCGAGUUAUACAAAACUGAAACUCAUUAAAGGAAAACGGCAUGGUGACCGCUUGAUUAAUGAAUCACUUUUUAGGCAAAGGUCAGCUAUAUUUGCGUCUAGUUCUUUGUAUGCAUCAGCACUUCAUAGGUCUAUGUUAAUGUUUUUAGGGCCAAACAGAGCUUUUAAGGACUUUUCAGGCCCUGCAGUUACACACACGUUUGGGGUUUGGAAAAGCGACUGCGUUUUUGGAGUACAUUGUAUCCACACAGACAUACUACUGUUCUUUAGAACACGACCAAGACAACAUGACUGGCCCCCGAUAAGUAUACUACAAGAUGAUUCAUCCAUAUUAUGUCAGCUGGUUCCAGUUGGGUGUAAAGGAAGCUGCAAUCAGUGGAUGGAAUGGCGUUUCUGUUUUCUUGGAACAGAACUGACCUUAACCAAAAGUUUCAAUGACACGCAGAUUAAAAUUUAUGUACUACUAAAGUUCGUCGCAAAAGACAUAUUAAAAUGUGUCAGCAAUGAAAUUUCAUCUUACAUUAUGAAAAACAUUACAUACUGGGUGUCUGAACUGCUCGAUAGCCGUGUUUUCCAAGAACAGAACCUAAUGCUUUUGUUACUGAUAGGUUUGAAGUUUCUGAAAGAAGCCAUUGAUAGUAACCGACUUCCCUACUACAUGAUCCCUGGACGCAACCUUAUUUUUGAGAGACUAAACCUACACACUAGAUGGAGGCUGUCCCACCUUCUUUCCUAUCUCUUACAAGAAGGCCCCCAAUUUCUCUUACGAUGUAACAAACUCCGAAUUGGCUUAUUGGCAAUGCAUAUGGUACCUAUAACAUUGAAACAUUUUGGAAAUAAGAGAGAAUUACUGGAAAGUUUAUUCCUGUUGUCUUUUAAUGUUUUUAUUCUUGAAAGGCAUGGCUGUCGUGUUGGGAACGUUCGGAAACAACUGUGGCAGAAAAUGUUUAACAUUGUUCUCCCAGAGUGGAAGCAAUUGCAAAGACGAAUUGGUAACGAUAUUUUUUGGAUACUUAACGUAAAAUAGACUAAGGUGAUCCAGUAGAGACUUGGAGCCUUGGAAAAUGUUUGAAAAUCAUUAAUGCGCACAGGAAAUAGUCAUGUCCAUAGACUAUAUGAUUCACACUUGAUUUUCCAGUUGGUUUAACGCCGUUUUCAACAGUAUUUCAGUUAUGUAACGGCGGGCAGUUAAACUAACCAGUGUUCCUUGAUUUUGUACCAAUAGAAACCUGUUCUCCGCAAGUAACUACCAACUUACCCAC